CGACUAAACAUAAAAACGAAAGACGUUCUGGGCGCCACAUACAAGUUACUGUGAACGUUUUGAAUUAAAAGAUGAAGUUAAGAUCUAAAGACAUUAUCUUCGAGGGAUAAUUGAUGAGUUGUAUUACACAUGCUGAUUUUGAAAAAUUAUAAUGGCAGAGGCCAUUGAGAGAUUCUUUGGAGUUUACCUGUUAUACAAUGUCAAUCCAAAGUUCAAAGGAAGGACUUACAUCGGCUACACAGUCAACCCUAACCGUCGAAUACAGCAGCAUAACAAAGGCAAACAAGCUGGAGGAGCGUGGAGGACACAUGGACGUGGGCCAUGGGAAAUGGUUCUGAUUAUCCAUGGAUUCCCAAAUGAUAUAUCAGCUCUCCGGUUUGAGUGGGCAUGGCAGAAUCCACAGAAGUCCCGGCGACUUCGACACUUAGUUGGAAAAAGGAAAAAAGAGACACCUUUCCUGUACCGUUUUCGUAUUGUCUCUGAGAUGCUUCGUCUUGGACCAUGGAAUCGUUUUGCAUUAACAGUUCGCUGGCUAAAACAAAAUUAUGUACAGGAUUUUGCUCCUGAUUGUCGACCACCAAUACACAUGCCAAUAGUAUACGGACCUGUCAAGAUAAAGACAUUGGCUAAGGACAACAAAAAGAAGGGGAAAAAGAGCCGUAAAGGAUCCAACAACAGCAGUCCUUUAAAACAAUCCCAGAUGUCCGAAGAAGAUGAUAUUGGCCAGUUGGCUCUUCCAAGUCAGCAGAGAUGUUCAGUGUGUUUCAAGCGUUUACAUGCCGACGACACAACCGUUAACUGUAUCCACCCAAAGUGUUCAAUGAUUUCUCACAUCGUUUGCUUAUCUGAGAAGUUCCUUGCUCAGUCCAAAGAAAAGACAAAAGAAAUAAUUCCAAUUGAAGGAAAAUGCCCAAGCUGUAAACAGUUGAUGCUGUGGGGAGAUAUUAUUAGAUUCAAGAUGGGCUGCUACCAGAACCUUGAGGAGUGUGCAAGCGACCAGGACCUUGACACCUCUGAUGAGGAUGAUUAAUUUAGCUUAUCAUGGACUUCAAAACAUGUGAUACCGCCGAAAUCGUAAUUGAAAUCGUACUUUGAUGUUAGCCAUCAUGGCGGAAAUAACCACGGCACUUGAUUUGGCAAUAUUUUUAGUCUGUAAUAAGCUUUUAAUUCGUGUAAUAAAAGUGGCCCCGGCUGAUGAAACACUACAAUCUUGCUAUGAAAUGAUAAUUAGUGUAAAGGUCAUUUGCUUACAUAUCUUUCGACAACACCUGUAAAAUUGAUUGUGUUAUCAGGAUGUGAAUUCAGGAACUCUUCUUUCCCUUAUAAUGAACCCGUCUGGAUCACAAGGCCGGGUUUGCCCCUGUAGUGUUUGUCAAUGUUUUCAGAAACGAAAUGUGUGUAGAUUCUUUGUGGUGAAGAGACUGGCCCAAGUGUAGCAUUUCUGUGGCCGAGAUACGGGCCCAAUUGUUGCUUCCUUGUGGCUGAGAUAGGGAUCCAAGUUGUAGCUUUCUUGUGACGAGAGAAACUGGCAUACAUAUUAAAUUGUGUUAGAUUUUGACGUCAUGAUGUAGACAGCAGAAAUUAUCCAAUUGACGCAAAUAGCAUGUACAAAUGUAGAUGGUUUCAGAGAAAGGUAAUGAAAAUUGGCGUUAACUAUAAGUUUUGCAUUACUUUUUGAUUGUCAAUAAACGCUGAUAAAUUGUGA